GGCCUGGGAUAGGCUGAGGCCUGGGGAAACCUCUCCCACACGGCCACCUGGGUGCCAGCGCUGGCUCUCCAGCUGUUGCUAGGCCGGGCGAGGGUCUGGAGAGGGAACGCGGGCUGCGACCGGUCUCCGCUCCCCAGCCGCCCGCUCCGCGGCGCUCAGGGCUUCCGUCGAGCCGGCAGCCUGGCUGGCCGCUUCCGGGCGGCUGCCCGCGCUCCUGACUGACAGGCGCCGUCCGCCCUGCCCGCGCCGCCCGCCACGUCUCCGCUCUCUGCCGGCGCCCGGCGUGGCUGCCGACCGACCUCUCCGAGCCCGGCGCGAUGUGGCUUGCCGGCUUCGGACCCGCGCGACUCGCCCAGCGCCGGCGCUCCGGGUUGGAGUCGUCCUCGGUGCGGCCGCCGUGGCGGCUGCUGCUGCUGUUUGUGCUGGCAGCCGUGCGGCCGGUGCGCGCCUGGGAGAGCGGAGACCUGGAGUUGUUCGACUUGGUGGAAGAGGUGCAGUUGAACUUCUACGAGUUCCUCGGGGUGCAGCAGGAUGCUUCAUCUGCAGACAUCAGAAAAGCAUAUCGUAAGCUUUCACUAACCUUACAUCCAGACAAGAAUAAAGAGGAAAAUGCAGAAACUCAAUUUAGACAAUUGGUGGCCAUUUACGAAGUUUUAAAGGAUGAUGAAAGAAGGCAGAGGUAUGAUGAUGUUCUGAUCAAUGGACUUCCAGAUUGGCGACAGCCUGUAUUCUACUACAGGCGUGUGAGAAAAAUGAGCAAUGCUGAGCUGGCAUUGCUCUUGUUCAUUAUUCUCACAGUGGGUCACUAUGCCGUGGUUUGGUCCAUCUACCUGGAAAAGCAACUGGAUGAACUGCUUGGUAGAAAAAAGAGAGAAAGGAAGAAGAAGACAGGAAGCAAGAGUGUGGAUGCAGCAAAACUUGGUGCUUCCGAGAAGAACGAAAGAUUGCUUAUAAAACCACAAUGGCAUGAUUUGCUUCCAUGCAAACUGGGAAUUUGGUUUUGCCUUACACUAAAAGCAUUGCCUCAUCUAAUCCAGGAUGCUGGGCAGUUUUAUGCAAAAUAUAAAGAGACAAAAUUGAAGGAAAAAGAAGACGCACUGGCUAGAGUUGAAAUUGAAACCCUUCAAAAACAAAAGAAAGUUAAAGUUAAAAAACCAAAACCAGAAUUUCCUGUGUAUAUGCCUUUAGAAAAUACAUAUAUUCAGUCUUAUGAUCAUGGAACUUCUAUUGAAGAAAUUGAGGAGCAAAUGGAUGACUGGCUGGAAAACAGGAAAAGAACACAGAAAAAACAGGCACCUGAAUGGACAGAAGAGGACCUCAGUCAACUGACAAGAAGUAUGGUUAAGUUCCCAGGAGGGACCCCAGGUCGAUGGGACAAGAUUGCCCAUGAAUUGGGUCGAUCUGUGACAGAUGUGACAACCAAAGCCAAGGAACUGAAGGACUCAGUCACCAGCUCCCCCGGAAUGACCAGGCUCUCUGAACUUAAGUCAAACGGUCAGAAUUCGAGGCCAAUCAAGAUAGCCACAGCCUUGCCAGAUGACAUCAUCACACGGCGGGAUGACUCAGCAGGGGCCAUGGAGGAUGAGGAGCACAAGGCUGCUAAGGGUGAGCAAGAGACAGUGACCACAGAAGCCCGACCUCGGAGGCGGAAGUCAGCCAGGGUGGCUGAGGCCAUAACCAGAGUGGAGCCAGAGGAGAAGCUGAGAGGAAAGAGGCAGAAAGACUUUGAUAUAUCAGAACAAAAUGAUUCCAGUGACGAAGAGAAACAACAAAAAGAAAGAACUCGUGCUGCAGAGGAGGCGUGGACUCAGAGUCAGCAGAAACUUCUAGAAUUGGCAUUACAGCAAUACCCUAAAGGAACCUCUGACCGCUGGGACAGAAUAGCCAAAUGUGUCCCAUCUAAGAGUAAGGAGGACUGCAUUGCUAGAUACAAGCUGCUGGUUGAACUGGUCCAAAAGAAAAAGCAAGCUAAAAGCUGAAUCUUCUGGAAGGGGAGAGUGUGGUGCCAAAAAUAUAAGGUCUUCUGUCAGCCAGCCAAGGAGGGAAAAAAAAGAGGCAUCAGGUGGAAUUUGAGAUAAAGCAAGUAAGUUUGAUUGUCAAAUGAGAGAUGUAAGCCUGGAAGGUGGUGCGGGGGAUAAGGCCACUGGCUGCUAAGCCAUCCAGUCUGAGCCCACUCUCCAGGAAGCACAUGUUCUCAAAAGCUGCCCUCUGGCCCCUGCAUUCCUAUUGUGGUACGGCACACACAUCCGAAGCCCACAUAUGCACAUGCACAUGAAUACAUGGAUCUAAAAUUUUUAAAAGAAUUUCUUGCUUUUGUUUGAAACUUGAAAAGGUUUUUGGGCUUGUGUUUUGGUGUGAGUGCUCUGCCUUUGUGUAUGUCUGUGUACCAUAAGAUGACAUUGGAUCCCACAGACCUGUUGUUAUGGAUGGCUGUAAGUCACCAUGCAUGUAGGUGAUGGAAAUUGAACUUCACUCCAGCCCCUUGUUUGAAACUUUAGAAGGAAACUUCAAACUGCUGCCAAGCAAGAGAUGCGCUCCACUGGCUGCAGUGUACUGUUUGUGGUCAUACCCAGUUCUACACAAUGACACCUCAGUACCCAGUAUGUUACUGUUAGCAGGUAAGGCCUCUCAGGGUGAUAAGCUGUUGCCAAAACUCAAUGUCUACCCCUUCUCCUAAGGUCUCAAAGACUAACCAGCAACUCCAAAGUUCAUGCAGGGUAACCUUAUAUAGUUUAUAUAGGAUUACUUACAGUGGAUGAGGGCUUAUGGGUUGGAGCAGAGGUGGCCUUAAAGCAGCCACACUGGAAGGUCUGCAGCCAGCAGGGAUGGUGUCUUCCCAAGGCUACAUUGAGGGAGCCAGUUCCCCUAAUCCUUCCUUGCCUACAGAGACCCUAAAGCACAUGCAAUUAGAACACAAUUGAAAACAGCUGGAUAGUAGGGGGUGCCUGGAUACUCACAUAGCUGUUCCAUGACUCCCUCCCCAACCCCUCCUUUCCAAGAUGUGAGUCCAAGUCUGUCAAACAGACCCAGCUGGCCUCCUGAAGGUGGUGGCAGUUUGACCUAUUAUCAUGGGCAAAACCACACACAAAGUCCCUAGGAAGCCAAUGGCCUUCUUCCUCUCGUUGAAGACACAACUUCCAGCAGAGCUGGUUCUGCUUUCAGUCACUGUGCAUGUUGUUAAAGAGACCAAGAGUGGUUUUCUAGAGUGGCCCUGUUCUGUGAGUACCUGUGGACCAUUGUUAGGGAGUGUCAGACAUGACCUCCCACUUACAACUGGACACUUAUUUUUCAGCUGGUUAUCCAUUUUCUGAACCUCUCCUCACAUCCAGAUUGCUCGCAUCACUGUACGCCCAAGCACUGCACCCACAGCACUUUCUGAGGCUGACUUGACUACCUCUAAUCCUGAAAAUCAGUAUGAGUCCUCUUUUGAUCACAUUCUUUUAUGGGAAUAGAAGUAAAUGCCCCACAUUCUGGGCUGGAAUUCUCAACUAGUAGAGUGCUUCCCAGCAUUCAUGAAGCCCUGAGUGUCUAUCCCUAGCACCCUAUAAACCUGGGUGUGGUGCUGCAUGGCUGUCCUCCCAGAACUCAAACCGUGGGAGGAUCAGGUCACCUUUGGAUACAGAGUGAGUUCCAGGCCAGCCAUGUUGUGGUGGUCUUCAUGAGAUGUUUGAAUACCUGGCUUUGUUCCAAAAGCCAUUUCAAAGUCAGCUUUGUUUGCUGCUUGUGGUGCCUGUAGGCCACUCGUCCCAGGACCUGCUAAUGCCACCUCCAUCUAGCCACCAUGGACUCAUACUCUGGAACCAUAGGCCCCAGAUAAACCCUUUCUUUUAUA